CUCAAUUGGGGUUUUCUCUAUUUAAAGCUUAAUUACAAUCCUCCAAGGCAUUCAAACUAAUUUGUUCAUACACAUAUAUUCAUUCUUUAAACUUUAACUAUACAGUAAAAUUCAAUUCAAUUUCGUUAUAAAAGAAGAUCAAAUGGAUUCCUUGUCUCCUUCCCUAUUACUUCUUGCCAUCAUCUCCUCCACCUUCCUCCUUGGAGUUAAAUCUACGAAGUUCACCGUCGUUAACAACUGUCCGUACACAAUCUGGCCGGCAACUCUCACCGGAGGAGGCGGUAGUUCUCAAGCCCCGACCGGGUUCGAACUUGCACAAGGCGCGUCUACGUCAUUCGACAUCCCCGCUAAAUGGACCGGCCGUUUUUGGGCAAGGACCCAAUGCGCCGUCCAGAACGGCAAGUUCUCAUGCAUGACCGCUGACUGUGGCUCCGGCCAAGUGGCGUGCAACGGAGCCGGAGCGAUCCCUCCAGCAACGCUAGUGGAAUUCACGUUGGCGGGAUUCCAAGAUCAAGAUUUUUACGACGUCAGCCUGGUGGACGGAUUCAACCUCCCGGUGUCCGUCGUGCCAGACAACCCAAACUGUCGCCGAACAGACUGCCCGGUGGACGUGAACGCGAAGUGCCCGGCUGAGCUGGCAUUGAAGGACGGGAACGGGGCGGUGGUGGGAUGCAAGAGCGCGUGUUUGGCAAUGGGGCAGCCGCAGUACUGUUGCACUGGGCAGUAUGGGUCGCCAGGAACAUGCCCGCCGACACAAUAUUCCUUAUUUUUCAAGGGGUUGUGUCCCAAUGCAUAUAGUUAUGCUUAUGAUGACAAGACAAGCACUUUCACUUGCAAAACUGGUCAGGCCAAUUACGUAAUCACCUUCUGCCCUUAGAAUAUAUAAAUCAUAUUCAU